UUCAACAUGAAGAUUGUCAUCCUCUUUUGUCUUCUACCUGCUGUGCUUGGGUAUAAUUCAAAUUACUCGAGGCCGAAUUAUCCAGCCCUGCUGGACACGAAUGGCGAUGGCAAACUUCGACAGAGCGACGUGAAGUCUUUUUUCGACCUGAAGGACUCGAACGGUGAUGGAUUUAUUACCCUCGAAGAGUACAGUGCUGCUGAGCCCCCCGGGACAUCCCCAAUACAACUCAAAGCGCGUUUCGACUUCUUCGACCACAUAGACGGCAACGUAGACAAAAAGUUUUCUCAGCAGAAGUAUCUCCUCAUUUUGCAACUCCUGGGUGUUAACAGUGAGUAUGGUUUUUACACAAAGACAUUACAGUCAGUGUGGACCUUUUACACAGUCUUUUAUACGCAGAAAGCUCAGAAUUUUAAUAUUGCUUUAAAGUGGUUUUAGUUUCAUUUCUUCACUUAUUUUUAAAUAUGUGGGUUUAUCUAAACUGUCUGGAUGCUGAGAAUUUAACAACACGCUAAACUAAUGCUGUGUUGCACGCUAAUACUUAAAAACUGUAUUUCUAGCUUGCUGACGAUAUUCAAGUUUCAUUUGAAGAAUUCUUUUCAAAGCAUAAAUAUGGUAAUACAAUUA